AUGCAACCUACAGCGGUGCUGACUUCCUUCCUCCGGGCCGAUCAGUUCGUCAUCAUCGAUUGCGAGCGCGGCCACAUCAACACAGCCGCCGACCUCUCGCCCGUCGUCGAGGCCGUGGCAGCCGCGGGCGCGUCGCCCAUCGUCCGGGUGCUCGCGAGCGAGCCGAAGCGCAUACGAUGGGCGCAGGACAGCGGCGCCCACGGCGUCAUGGUCGCCAUGUGCGAGACGAAGACACAAGCCGAACGCGCCAUCGUCGCCACCGGCUGCCCCUCGCCCCGCUUCGUCGUCAUCGCCGAGAUCGGCUCGCGCCGCGCCGUCGACAACAUCGACGCCCUCUUCCUCAACCCCCACCCCCUGAUCGUUAACUCCCCCAGCGCCGCCGCAUCAGCAGACGAUGACGCGGUGCGGAUCCUCGCCGCCGCGCACAGGCACGCCAAGUUCGCGGGCCACGUCUCCGUCGCGGCGGGCAUCAUGGGCACGAGCACGGGCGCGGAUGCGGACGCGGGCACGGGCGCGGGCGCGGACGCGGACGCAAACGCGCUGGUCGGGCGCCGCGGCUGGCAGUUUGUGAGUUGCGGGGCGGUUGGUCAGCUGCCGCCCGCGGACGAGGAGAUGGAGAUGGAGAUGGAGCGGUUGGGGAGGGCGAUGCUGGGGGUGAGGGCGAGCCGUGGCGGCGGGCGGUGGGGGUCGUCGGGGCCGGCGCCGGUGCCGGUGCCGGUGCCGGUGGGAGGGGGGGAGGAGUAUGAGUGGGAUGGGAGGGAUUGGGGGUGA